GCACAGGAACGAACAUCACCGCACAGUGCCCACCAGGUGUCGCCAAAAACCAGCAGGUGUGAUAGAUGCACUGCAGAAGAACAAAAGGACUGCCGCAGACAACCAAACCAGCAAAUUAUAUUACAAAUAUUAACCUUUUACUGUUUAUUUUACAUUUUAUACGGCUGUUAUGUUUUCAUCCGUCACCUGCAGACUUGUUAUUUUGUUACGGAUUUCUACGUAGAGACUUCAGGGCAUCUUUUUUUUAUGUUGUUUGUUUAUUUAUUUAUUUUUUUCAAUCCUGGAGGAGCUUCGCCAUAAUUAGCCAUAAUAUCUUAUAAUCCUGCUGUAAUCUUUUUAAAAAAUAUAUUUUAGUAAGCUUCACCACCUAUUAAGUCUACUGUGAUCUGGCCUUUAAAUAGCUUAUCAUCCGAGAAAUAGGUUGUUUAAAAAGCCAAACACGGAGCAGCGCAUCAGCAUAAUCUGGUUCACAGGCUAUUGGGGCAGCUAAUAAACUUGCUUCAUCGGGCUGCAGCCUCAUCGACUGAUCCCUUUGCGCAGCUGCAUAUUCUGCACAUCUUCUCCUCGGUGAGUGGGCUGCAGCAGCGGAACAAGGCUGCUGCAGCCGCGCUGCGUACAUGACGCGCCGCUCCCUCUCAGAGGAACCAGGACUGGAUCCGAGCGCGAGGCUCGGGAUGUUCGUGAAGUAGACGCAAGGAGCAGAGGAGGAUUCGUCGCCGCUGGGGAUAGAGGAGAGAGAAGGAGAUGAUGGUCGGGAGGGGGCUGUGCAAGCCCCGCUGUGGGAAGCGCAGACCCGGGCACUACCUCCCGCUUCUGUGCGCCGUCACGGCGUGCGCAGCCCUGCUGGCGCUGCUCUUCAUGGACUUCAUCGAGCUGUGGGUCACCUCCAUGGGCAUGAUGGAGCCCGCCGACCUCGUCGCCCCCCCGCAGAGCGUGCCCCCCGCCACCCGACCCGAGGAGUUCCUCCUGAUGCCCAGCCCGCUCGUGUGCCAGCGGGUCAAGCCUUACCUCAUCACCAUGGUUACCUCGGCUCCUGCCAAUCAACGCGCCCGCCAGGCCGUCCGGGACACCUGGGGGGGAGAGGUGGAGGUGAGAGGCCUGCGGGUCAUGACCCUCUUCAUGCUGGGCGUGACCUCUGACCCCGGCCUGGGGAAGCUGCUGAUAGAAGAGGCCAGAGAGAGAGGAGAUCUGGUCCAGGGGCGCUUUGUAGACACCUACUCCAACCUGACUCUGAAGACCCUGGCCAUGCUGGGCUGGGUUCGCAAGUUCUGCCCUCAGGCUCACUUUGUGGCGAAAGUGGACGACGACGUCCUGUUCAACCCCAGUGCCCUUUUGCACUUCCUGAACAAAAGCCGUAACCAGUACGAACAGGGGGACCUGUACCUGGGCAGGGUGCAUCUCCACGUGGCUCCGGACCGUGACCCGGACAGCAAGCACUACCUCCCUUCAGGAGCCUACCCUUCAUCUGUCUUUCCAGACUAUUGCAGUGGUACCGCCUAUGUCCUGUCCCGCUCCGCACUGCUCAAAAUCUCCCUCGCAGCCUCAGCAUCACCUCUGUCCACUCCCCUGCCCCCCGAGGACGUCUUUAUGGGUCUGUGCGCCCGGGCGGCUGGAGUGCCACCCGUGCAUUGCCCUCUGUUCUCUGGCGGUCCAGCGGUGCCAUACGGCCGCUGCUGCUACCAGGCCAUGGUGUCCGUCCACCACAUCUCACCCAAGGAGAUGCUGCAGUACUGGCAGGACAUCCGCGCACCCUGCUCCUGGCUGAGCCAGCGGGCCUCCCUGGGGGUGUGCAAAGUCAGGGCGAUGCUGGGCACAGCCCUGGGCCUGGAGCAGGGACUUUAAAGAGAAACAAACAUAGACUCA